AUGUGAGUGAUCAAAAAACAGUGGUAGUUACGUUUGAAAAGGACAUGAUAUGUGCCACAUUCACAUAUAAAUUCGAGGAACUGAGGUUCUUUGAGAAGAUAUCCUCCGAGGUUGUUGCAAAAGAAUGUCUUCUGUCAAUUGUGUUUGAGCUCCAACCCGUGGUUGUUGGCGGGCUCUUGGAUCUUUGA